AUGUUUGCUCAACGAAAUGUUUUAAAUAAAUUUUGUACUUUCACGCUUGCUGUUGUCAGCAAUGCUGAUUGCAAUCUUCACAUUGUUUGGAUAGUUUUAAAAAUUGGAAACAUUUUUACACAUGUUUCAAUUCAUUUUACAGCCUAUAGUUAUUUAAGUGUUUCAAGUAUUGCCAUAAACAUAUCCGAUCGUAAAAAUGCAAUUUUCCAAGGUUUAAGCUUUUAA